GAAAUUUCAACCCGAAACAAACUCUGGAAAAAAAAAAAAUCUUCCUCUACACAUCAUUGACAAUUCAACGUUGAAGAAGAAGAAGAUUAAGAUUAAGAUAAACCUCAAAUCCCUAAAUUCUCCAUUAAACAUUCAACAAUGGCGAAACUUUUUCUCUCUCUUCUCUCACUCUCUCUCCUAUUUUUCCUCUAUCUCUCCUCCGAAAACCCUAACCCUAAUUCUCUAACAUCAGCUCAUCAAGAACUCAAAACCUUCGGAUUUCCCGUCGGACUUCUCCCUAAAAACGUCGCUGAUUACUCUCUCAAUCAUACUUCCGGCGAAUUUGCGAUCAAUUUCAGAGACAAAUGCAAGCUUACUCUUCCGCCGGAUAACUACCUCGCGCUGUACUCGAAGAUCGUCAGGGGUAAAAUCGUCAAGAAUAAGAUUGCUGAACUUGAUGGAAUUAGGGUUAGGGCUUUGUUUCAGUGGUGGUCGAUUACUGGAAUUAAAUCGAGUGGUGAUAAUUUGGUUUUUGAGGUUGGAAUGUUGAGUGCGAAGUAUCCGGCGAAGAAUUUUGAUGAAAGUCCACCAUGUGAGGGUUCUAAGGCUGAUGCUUGAGGUUGAAACAGAGAUUUGAGUUUCGAGGGCUCCACUCUUGCUCUCAAGUCUCAAGUAUGGUACCCUAGGAGCUGCUGGUGCCCUCUGAUUUAAGUUAUUUUUCAAUUGUAGUUAGCAGCUGCUAAGAUAGUACUCUAUUUUACUGCUUCUGUUGUUGGUGUGUAUGUGUAUAUACAUAUAUAUGUUGUAAUUUAUGCUAUCUUAAUGACUCCCUGAAAUCAAAUACUACUUGUAGUAUGAAAUUUCUUAUGUUUUACAUAUUGCAAAGUUAAAAUUACUGCU